CACCGCUCAUAUCACGAUCGCCGACCGACCUGGAAAAUACGAGGGUCUGAGCGGCCAAACAUGCCCCGCAGCGCCGUCGUGCGAAGUGCGGCGGACCGCGCGGCCGAGGCCGCGGCACUCUGACGUGUUCUCGCAACUGCCGCGCCCACAGAAGCAGGCACACAUCUCACGCAACGUACCGCUGUCAACAUCGCCUACUGGGUGGCCAAGGCGGCGAACGUCGGCGAGGUGCUGCUCCCGGAACGUGUGGCCUGCGUACACCCCCGGAAAUGCGGGUGGCGGCACUCCGGCCGACGCCUUCUUCGCAUGGCGCAGUGCGAGAAGGCCAUGCGCGACAACCACGGGACAGCUGCGCCUGCAGGCGUCGUGACGCUGCAAGAGUGCCCAGCUGGCGCUUGCGCGGCGGGCGCGGCAGCGUGUCCACGAGAGGGCGCGCAGCACGCCGCUGCCGCCCGGGAAGCGCGCCACGAGCUGCGGCGUGACGUCUUCGCGGCGAACCCGCAGCUGGCUGGCCAGACGCACACACGACCACUCGCGCUCGACAGCGCGGCAUCACAGCCGCUGCCAGUGGAGCCUUCGCUGGCAACUCAUGGGAGGCUCCCGUACCAUCUUG